AGGGCCAAAGAGGAACAACAGUAGGCAGCAGUGCUAGUGUUGGCCCGCAUCAGGUAGGAGACCCAGUGCCCGUCCCCUCUGCAAGACCAGUGUAACAAGAUCUGGACGCUCCAACACUGCAGAGACCUACACCAACAACAACAGCAUCAUGGCACAAGCAGCCAAACAUCUCCGCAAGAACAAGGAUUUAGAAGCCCAGUUGGAGAAGGAGGAAAAGGAGAAGGAGGAGGAGAGACUGAGAAAGAGGAGUCGCUCCAGGGAUAAAAAGCGCAAGGCUGAUGCUGGCAACAGUUUUCUCCGAGCAGCCCGAUCUGGCAACCUGGACAAGGCCUUGGAUCAUAUAAAAAAUGGCAUUGAUAUCAAUACAGCUAAUCAGAAUGGCCUCAACGGACUGCAUCUGGCCUCCAAAGAAGGCCAUGUCAAAAUGGUGCUGGAGCUGCUUCACAAUGGAAUCACACUUGAGACCACCACAAAGAAAGGGAACACCGCCCUGCACAUUGCAGCCCUGGCAGGACAGGAGCAGGUGGUCACAGAGCUCGUAAACUAUGGGGCCAAUGUCAAUGCUCAGUCUCAGAAGGGCUUCACUCCACUAUACAUGGCCGCACAAGAAAACCAUCUAGAGGUUGUGAAGUUUCUUCUGGAGAAUGGAGCCAAUCAGAGCAUUCCAACAGAGGAUGGAUUCACGCCUCUUGCUGUGGCUCUUCAGCAGGGGCAUGAGAAUGUCGUAGCCCUACUCAUUAACUAUGGCACCAAGGGGAAGGUCCGGCUGCCAGCUCUGCACAUUGCAGCACGAAACGAUGAUACACGCACAGCUGCAGUGCUUCUGCAGAAUGACCCUAACCCUGAUGUCCUCAGCAAGACUGGAUUUACACCCCUCCACAUUGCUGCACACUAUGAGAACCUGAACGUGGCACAAUUGUUGCUAAAUCGAGGAGCAAACGUCAACUUCACCCCAAAGAAUGGCAUCACCCCUCUGCACAUUGCUUCUAGACGAGGAAAUGUGAUCAUGGUCCGACUCCUGCUGGACCGGGGGGCGCAGAUUGAUGCUAAGACCAAGGAUGAGUUAACUCCUUUGCAUUGCGCUGCCAGAAAUGGACAUGUCAGAAUUAUUGAGAUCCUGCUUGACCAUGGGGCUCCAAUCCAGGCAAAGACAAAGAACGGUCUGUCUCCUAUCCACAUGGCAGCACAGGGGGACCACAUGGACUGUGUCAAGCAGCUCCUGCAGUACAACGCAGAGAUUGAUGAUAUAACAUUGGACCACCUCACCCCGCUGCAUGUAGCAGCACACUGCGGGCACCACCGCAUGGCCAAAGUACUGCUAGACAAAGGAGCCAAACCCAACUCCAGGGCUCUGAAUGGCUUCACGCCUCUGCACAUUGCCUGUAAAAAGAACCACAUGCGUGUGAUGGACCUCUUGCUCAAACAAUCAGCAUCAUUAGAGGCUGUGACUGAAUCAGGCCUUACGCCCUUGCAUGUUGCAUCCUUUAUGGGUCAUCUUAAUAUUGUGAAGAUCCUACUUCAGAAGGGAGCUUCUCCCAGCGUCUCCAAUGUGAAAGUAGAGACUCCUCUCCACAUGGCAUCUCGGGCAGGUCACUUUGAAGUGGCAGAGUUUUUACUGCAGAAUUCAGCUCCGGUCGACGCAAAGGCAAAGGAUGAUCAAACUCCUCUGCACUGUGCUGCUCGGAUGGGUCACAAAGAGCUGGUUAAGCUUCUGCUUGACCACAAAGCCAAUCCUAACUCUACCACCACAGCUGGACACACGCCUCUGCACAUAGCUGCCCGAGAAGGUCACGCACAAACUGUACGCAUCCUCCUGGACAUGGAGGCUCAACAGACCAAAAUGACCAAAAAAGGCUUCACUCCACUGCAUGUUGCUUCCAAAUACGGUAAGGUGGAUGUGGCAGAGCUGCUGCUUGAGAGAGGAGCAAACCCUAAUGCAGCUGGAAAGAAUGGUCUGACCCCGCUUCAUGUUGCUGUACAUCACAACAACCUGGAUGUUGUUAACUUGCUUGUCAGCAAAGGAGGCUCACCACACAGUGCUGCCAGGAAUGGCUACACUGCCCUCCACAUUGCAUCCAAGCAGAACCAAGUCGAGGUAGCCAACAGCUUGCUGCAGUAUGGAGCUUCAGCCAACGCUGAGUCACUGCAGGGCGUCACGCCUCUCCACCUCGCCUCCCAGGAAGGAAGGCCUGACAUGGUUUCUCUACUUAUCUCCAAACAGGCCAACGUCAACCUGGGCAACAAGAGUGGAUUAACUCCUUUGCACCUGGUGGCACAGGAGGGACAUGUAGGCAUUGCUGAUAUUUUAGUGAAGCAAGGAGCGUCGGUGUACGCCGCCACAAGGAUGGGAUACACCCCUCUGCAUGUAGCAUCUCAUUAUGGUAACAUCAAGAUGGUGAAGUUCCUUCUACAGCAACAGGCCAAUGUUAACAGCAAAACAAGGCUUGGUUACACUCCUUUGCACCAGGCAGCGCAGCAAGGACACACAGACAUUGUGACAUUAUUGCUGAAACAUGGAGCCCAACCCAACGAGAUCACUACCCAUGGCAUGUCAGCGCUGGCCAUUGCAAAAAGGUUGGGAUACAUCUCUGUGAUUGACGUCUUGAAGCUCGUCACUGAGGAGACCGUUUCAAUGACGACUACAGAGAAGCAUCGCAUGAGUUUUCCAGAAACUGUGGAUGAGAUAUUAGACGUGUCUGAGGAUGAAGGAAUUGCGCAGCUAACUUUAGGAGAGGAGCUCUUGGGGACAGAAGGGGCCAGGUACAUGAAGAUGGAUGACAUGAAAGACCAUGAUGACGAUUUCCUCUCCCCCAAGAAAUCACUGGAGUACGAGAGAGGGCUGGGCACAGCAAAUUACUCACCUGCCAUUCCCAGGAUCCCUCGUGUCUCCCCAGAGACUGUACAUCUGAGAGAACACGAGAUAGAGCAGCAACACACGCCGCUUCCACUACCCAAAGAGUACGACGACGAUUCACUGAUUCCCAGCAGUCCAGCAACUGAGACGUCUGACAAUGUCAGCCCGGUCGCCAGUCCCAUCCACACAGGGUUUCUGGUCAGUUUUAUGGUGGAUGCUCGAGGCGGUUCAAUGCGAGGCAGCAGGCAUAAUGGUCUGCGUGUCAUCAUACCUCCACGGACGUGUGCGGCACCCACUCGCAUUACCUGCCGCCUGGUGAAGCCGCAGAAGCUGACCAGCCCCCCACCUCUGGUGGAGGGAGAGGGGCUGGCCAGCAGGAUCAUUUCUCUAGGUCCAGCGGGGAUGCAGUUUCUGGGACCGGUGAUUGUGGAGAUCCCCCACUUUGCUGCUCUGGGUCGGGGAGACAGAGAGCUUGUUGUGCUCAGAAGCGAGAACGGAUCUGUCUGGAAGGAGCACCGCAACCGGUAUGGUGAUGAGGUUCUGGAAACAAUCCUGAAUGGAAUGGAUGAGGAACUGGAAAGUCAAGAGGAACUUAGCAAGAAGCGAAUCCGUCGCAUCAUUUCUACUGACUUCCCCCUUUACUUUGCGGUUGUGUCGAGAGUCCAACAAGAGAGUGACCUGAUUGGUCCAGAGGGAGGUUCGCUUACCAGUAAACUGGUCCCAAUGGUGCAGGCCACGUUUCCUGAGACGGCAGUUACCAAAAGAGUCCGUCUCGGGCUGCAGGUGAGAUGGGACGAUGAGGAAGAAGUAGAGGAGAGGAGAGACAAAAUUGCUAAUGCUUGAAAUAAAGCAUGUUACGUUUACUUUGGUUCACCACAAAUUCAUGUCAUGUGCCAAGCUUGUUCUGUUGUUUUUAGUCAUGUUGGAGGACCUUUUUGCCUUUUAUUUUUCAUUUUGCAUGCACCUGUCACCUUUAUCAGCCUUUUGAAAAAAAAAUUAUUUCCCGUUCUCCUUAAGUAUUUAUGUCCUUGACAAAGCCUGUACAUUGAAUAUUUAACACAUUUAUUUGAGAUGCCUAAGAAUUUGUAUCUGUUUGCUUUUUUUUUUUUUUUGCUGGAAAGGCUGUGUUUUUGUGUAUUUUUUCAGUUUUAACUGUGCUUGAAAGUUUUAUUUCAAAAGAAAAGAAAUGUUUUGCUGCACAAAAAGGUUUUCAACCUGUGGACCACUCAUCCAGCUCAACAACUGACAGUUUAUAGGAAAAGCACUAUCCAACUAGUGAUAAACUCCAACUUCUUGCUUUAUAUAAACCUUAACUUUCUUUGCCCUCACUGUUUGUCAGUUCAGAAUUUUAUUUCUAAAAAAAUUGAUUGAAAGGAGUGAUGUAAGUGUUAGAUUACAUUUAAACUUUGAAAUCAUAUCUAGUUAAAGGAUAUAGCUAUAAAUCUCUUAAACAAUAGAAAAAAGUCCCUUAAUUGUCCCACACUGGAGAAAUUGUGGUAAAACUAUUUUGACAUAGUGCCAUUUUUUUAAUGUUAUAAUUAUUGGCUCAAUACUUGUUUUGCUCUUUUAGGGUUAAGUUUCGUUUAAAUUCCAUUCUUAGGUUUACAACCAAGAACCAUAAUAAUAUGUAGCUGGUAUUAUUAGGUAAAUUAUACCCCUGAUGAACAACAGGACAUAUAAUAAUACACUGGUAUAAUUUAUCUAAGUCAAGAUUUGGACACAAUAAAUCAAUAAUUUAGUAGGAUUUAACAACACAUUUAGCUGAAUAAUACUUAAAAUAAAAGUUUUCUACUAUUUAUCUCUGAUAUCAUUGUUGCAGUAUUCUGAUAUCUUUACAUAACUGGUUCAUGUGAUUAUCUAAAGGUACUAAUGCAUACUCUGCCUCAGGUUGGGGUGUGAACAUUGAACUGUGCAGCAUUUCUCUUCUUUUUCAGUCAUUUCCUUUUAGAUUUGCAGUCAUCUAGCAUUUUUUCAUUUUGCAUGUUUUUUUUUUGUUUUUUUUUAAACCAAGCGUAUGCUCUCUUGAAAUUUUGGAAUAUAAAGGAGUUCUUAUUUUUGACCAAAACUCUGGAUUGUGCACAACAUUGUGCCUCCAAAAUAAUCAACCUCAACUUAAGUGGUUGACAGUUACUUACAGCAAUUAUUUACAAUGUACUGUCUGGUUUUCGACAAAUAUACUUUUGAUUUGUCCUUUAAAUAAUUUGUUUUUUCUAAAGAUUCAGUUAAGUACUGUGAUCCUCCAAGAACUUUAUCUUUUAACACCUAAAUCAAGUUUUGAAAACCCUCAAGUACAACUUCAUUUAUCUUAUUGUACAAAAAAAGUGCUAAACAAAUGUCCACUUUAAUGGAGAAAGUCAAUAGAAAUGAUCUCUGCUGUGAGUCUCUCAUUUUGGGGGCUCAGACGUUUUUAAAGUUGUCCGUAAAACCUUAUUCAAAUUCACACUAAUUGUGAAAUGUACGUCUUCGGCAGUAAAGGGAUGUUUUCAUUCAUCUGAAUUACUUUGAAAGCAUGAUUAUUCCUUUAUUCACAUGCUCCAAAUAACUAAUUACAUACAUUUCAUUAAUAAAGUAGAUUGAUUCAUAAGGUGCCUUUCUAUUUAAGCAUUUUGAAUGUACUGUUAAGGACCACACAAUUUGUGUUUUUGAAUUGAUUUCUGAAGCCACAAAUAUCUGACCUGUGUCCUUUUGGUCAUUAUACCAUCUUUCCUAUGUAGCAAAUUUAUUUUUGUAUGGUUACCAAAUUGGUUUUAAGUAGUUUAGUUAGAAGUUAAUUCCACAUUUAUAAUAUUUUCAUCUUUUAAGAGAAACUUAAAAUAUCAAAACAGGUAAUGACAUGUUAGAUUAACUGUUAAAUGUAUGUUUAGGAUCCUCGGAUUUCAAAAGCACAUAUAGUUUAAUCUAUGUAAAGACCAAGAUGCCUUACAGAUAUUUUUGCCAUCAUGCUGUAACCUGUGAUACUGAAUGUAGAAGGAGACGAAAAAGAGAUUGUUUUAUGAUUCACUUUUUUUCAUUAAAAGAAAGAAUUCCUUUAUGAUGUUAAGAAAUCCAUUUAUCUAUAGCUAUAGCUAUAAUGUUAUUGUAGAGAAAAUCAAUAGGUCUAAGAAACCAAGUUGCCUUAUUUGUUGAUAUCCCUUUUUGUAUUAAUGAUUGUAAGACCUUGUUAACACCCAUUCUUAUAAUAAAAAU